AUGGCGCAGCAGGCCAAUCCACAACUUGCUGAAGGUGCUCCGCCACCAAAUUUUCAUAUCGAUGCGUUCGACCGGAAGAAAAUUCGGUGGAAUAGAUGGGUAGAGAGGUUAGAAACGGCGUUUGCUAUUUACGGUAUCGGCACCGCCGAAUUGCGUCGUAAUUUUUUGCUACACUUGAUGGGACCGGACACCUACGAGAUUGCUUGCGAUAAAGUGGCUCCGCAAAGUCCACGUACAAUGACGUACCAAGCGAUUAUCGAUGUUUUGGAAGGACACUUUAAUCCGCAGCCUCUCGAAAUUAGCGAAAACUUCCGUUUCAAAUGUCGAAAACAGGGCGACAAAAAUGCCAGCUCGCCGGAUGAGACCAUCGACGAAUACCUCACUGCACUGAGGAGAAUUGCAGUGACAUGCAAUUUUGGUAAUUAUUUGGAGACCGCUUUGAGAAAUCAGCUCGUUUUUGGAAUGAAGAGUAACGACAUACGAGCACGACUGCUAGAGCGACGACAGUUGACACUGGCUGAUGCAAGAGAUGUCGCAGUAGGUAUGGAAUUGUCACUCAAAGGUGGAGCUGAAAUAGAAGGAGCCUAUGCCAAACAGGAAGUACAUGCUUUACAUAACCAACAAGGUAAGGCUAAAAAUAAGAAAGUGGGUGGAUCAAGCCAGUCUAGUGGCAAACCCGCUUCUGAUUUACAAUGCUACCGUUGCGGUGACAAAUCGCACGUAGCUAAAAAGUGCCGGCAUUUGAACACAGUGUGUUCUUAUUGCAAAAUUAAAGGCCAUCUAGAACGAGUGUGCAUGAAAAAAACUGCUGCGAAUAGAGGUGAAUCUAGCCGACAGGGUUCAAAACUAAGUACGGUGAAAGCCAGUCACAUUGACGUACGCGAAGGUCGUGAUGCCAAAAAGGCCAGUAGCGGUGACGUUAUAGUAGGAGAAAUAUGUACGGUUGACUCUCGACCAUCAGAUGCAAAAAUGUGGUUGCCAGUAAAUGUUUGCGGUGUGAGUCUUCGCUUCGAAGUCGACACAGGUAGUCCCGUUAGCAUAAUUAAUACCCAAUACUACGAUAAACACUUCCGGAAUAUUAAAUUGCGAAACAGUGACUUGAAUCUGGUUAGUUACUGCAACACAGAUAUACAAAUCAAGGGAGUGUUGGAUGCUGACGUGGAAUGGACAGUUCACGCGAUUAAUCCACUCAACAUUUCCAACGCCUUGAAUGAGCUUUUCGCAACGUAUACAAGAGUGUUCGACGAUUCGAUUGGAAAGAUUUCUUCAGUGCAAGCGCGCCUUACAUUGAAACCAAAUGCAACUCCGGUUUUCUUGCGAGCUCGAAAAGUUCCGUUCAAUUUAAAAAAUGCGAUUGACAAUGAGUUAGAUAACUUAAAAGUGGAUCAGCAUCCACUGCCAACAGUAGAUGAGUUGUUCGCGUCGUUGGCAGGAGGUGAUAAGUUCUCUAAAAUUGAUCUGGUACAAGCGUAUCUCCAACUUGAAGUGGCCCCAGAAGAUAGAGAGAUACUGACGUUAAAUACACACCGUGGGUUGUACCGACCGAAUCGUCUUAUGUACGGUAUCGCAUCCGCUCCUGCGAUUUGGCAACGCCAGAUUGAAAUCAUUUUACAAGGAAUUGACGGUGUAAGUGUGUUUUUGGAUGAUAUUAAAAUAACGGGCCCCAAUGACGUGGUUCAUUUGAGUCGGCUUGAAGAAGUCUUGCGUAGACUGGAUCAGUACAACAUUCGGGUUAAUAGAGCGAAGUGCGAAUUUUUGACGAACAAAAUUGAAUAUUGCGGAUAUCUGAUCGAUCGAGAAGGUAUUCAUAAGGUACAGAAAAAGAUGGAUGCCAUUCAGUUUAUGCCGCGACCGAAGAAUAAAGAUGAGGUGCGGUCGUUUGUCGGCUUCAUCAAUUACUACGGUCGCUUUUUCGAUAAUUUAAGUACCAUGCUUUACCCGCUGAACAAUUUGCUCAAAGAUACGGUCGAGUUUAAAUGGACAAAAGAAUGUGAGCAUUCGUUUUACACGGUCAAACAACAAAUGCAGUCGGACAGAUGCUUGGUGCAUUAUUCGCCAGAGUUACCCCUACUCCUGGCUACAGAUGCUUCACCUUACGGUGUAGGGGCUGUUUUAAGUCAUGUCUAUCCAGAUGGUUCCGAACGCCCAAUACAAUUCGCGUUACAGACGCUUAAUGCUACACAACAAAAGUACAUGCAAGUAGACAAGGAGGCUUACGCUAUUAUAUUCGGUGUAAAAAAGUACUUUCAAUAUUUGUACGGACGGAGAUUUAUACUGGUUACGGACAAUCAUGCGGUUACGAAGAUCUUUAGCGAACACAAGGGCCUUCCCGUGGUGUCUGCAUUGAGGAUGCAGCAUUAUGCUACUUAUUUACAAUCUUUUGAUUACGAGAUACGGUUCCGGAAGUCUACCGAUCACGCGAAUGCCGAUGCGAUGUCAAGAAUCCCAGUGAAGCUAUGUGGUUCAGAAAACAUUAUCGAGGAAUCGGACGUGGUAGAGAUGAACCAAAUCGAUACCCUUCCGGUGACAGCAGAGCAGUUGUCGCAAGCUACUAGUGAGGACAAAAAUAUUCAAACGUUGCUCCAAGGUCUGCGGUAUGGACAAGCAGUCGAUGGGAAAGAUCGGUUUGGCAUCGAUCAAACGGAAUUUACGAUUCAAAAUGGAUGCUUGUUGAGAGGAAUUCGCGUGUACGUUCCGGUUAAGCUUCGUGAGCGUGUUCUUGCAGAGCUCCAUUCUACCCAUUUCGGUAUAACGCGUACCAAAUCUCUUGCCCGAGGUGUCUGCUGGUGGAUGGGGAUAGAUCGGGAGAUCGAGGAACUGAUCUCAAACUGUGCGGAGUGUCAAUCCAUUCGAUCAGAGCCGACGAAAGUUUUACCUCACCCUUGGGAACCAGCAACUGAACCGUUCCAGAGGGUGCAUGCAGAUUUUGCCGGACCAUUUCAGGAUACUUAUUUCUUCAUAAUGGUCGAUGCUUAUACAAAAUGGCCCGAGAUUCGAGUGUGCAAAUCAAUCACAGCUGAGCAUACGGAGAGAAUGUGUCGGGAGAUUUUUAGCCGAUUCGGAAUUCCGGCCGUGUUCGUGAGUGAUCACGGAACCCAGUUUACGGCGGAAUCGUUUCAAAGAUUCUUGAAGCUCAACGGAAUAACACACAAGAUGGGUGCACCUUACCACCCCGCGACUAACGGUCAAGCCGAAAGGUACGUACAAACGUUUAAGCAGAAGCUCAAAGCAAUACGUUGUCCGAAAUCGAAACUAGAUGUCGAAAUUGCCAAUAUUCUAAUGACAUACCGAAAGAUGAUUCAUCCGUCAACCGGACGAUCACCCUCUAUGAUGGUGUUCGGGAGACAGAUUAAGUCCCGAUUGGACCUAAUGCUACCUACAAAUUCAGUGAGCAGACCAGCUAACCCCGUUAACCGAGUGUUCUUAGAUGGUGAUAAAGUGCGUGUCCGCGAUUUUCUGUCGGCAAACAAGUGGCAGUUCGGACAGGUCGUUUCAAAGCUGGGCAAAAUGCGAUAUUCGAUUCGCUUGGAUGACGGAAGGCUGUGGGAAAGGCAUGUGGAUCACAUGUGUGGCGUUGGAUCGAAUUUGGAUUCGUCAUCAAGAGCAGGUUCGAAAGAGAUGGCUCCAGAGUUUGCGACUCCUAUUGUAACAACAGCAUCCAGUGGCGACAACCGCAGUUGCGAGGUUCAACCGGUAGUUGGUACAUCCUUCACAUCAGAAUCUCAAGCACCCCCGCCUGUUCAACCCGUGGCGAACGGCGGUCAGCAAGCUGUAGUAUCGGAAGGCGCACGAAUGGGGAACGUUGAGCCAGUUCAACCACUGGUACGACUAGACAGGAUUAGUGCCGGGGACGAAGGAGUUGCUAUCGCUGUGAGGAGCAACGUCAAGCGUCGGCUACGGUCGAGUUUCCAGCUUAAGACUAUCGAAGCCAUCGGGAUUGAAGUCAAAACUUCACUCAGUCCAAUUAUCAUCAUCGCAGCAUACUGUCCCAAGCAAACCAACACCCGAGACGGUACCACUGCUCAACUACGAAACGAUCUGGCAAAACUGACUAGGCGGCGGGCAAAGUAUAUCAUUGCGGGAGACCUGAACGCUCGGUACGAAUGUCAUGGCCAGGAAUGUCAUCGUCCUGGCGGAAGACCUUGUGACCGGGCACUACAACAUCUUGGCAUAGGAGUGCUCUUCGGGAUUCUCCAGGUCCGGGGUUCACUCUGUGCCCAACAUGGCCAUUUCCGAGGUUCCAGUGGUGUUCGAGGAGCUAUUGUCGGACCACUAUCCGGUGGUACUGACCUUGGAACCACUCAUGCUCGGCGAAACUACCAUCGCGCCGACUGGGUCCGGUUCCAGCGUAUCGUCGACGAGAACACCACCAUCGACCACUGUUGGCCAUCCUCCAGCGUGCGAUUGCCGUAA